AUGAAGAAACUUUCUUCUUUGGUGCUUACUAUAACUUUAUUGUUAUUAUUUUUUACUACUCCUAACAAUUAUGUUACAUCAACAGUUAUCAUUACAAAUGAAAAAGAAAAUGGUAAUUUAGUUAGUGAUAAUGAUAAAAUAACUAUUAUUACUCCUAAACCAAUUCCAAAAGUUAGUAGAGCUGAAAAAGAAGCAUUAAUUAGAGCCAGUGGACAAGAUCCUAAUAAAAGAGGUAGACAUAGUCGUUUAGAAAAUAUUCAUAAAAAAAGAGGUAGAAGAAGUCCUGAUAUUUUUGAUCCAAAUACACCAUGGAGAAGGAAUUUUAUUCUUCCAAAAAGAACUCCAAUAAUUAAAAAAGGACUUUUAAAACCUUUACAAGAACUUAAACUUCAUAAAUGUCCAAAAAAUUUUGAUGCUGUUACUCAAAGUAAAGAUAAUAUAACAUAUGCAUUUGCUGGUGAUUAUGUUUAUCAAGUAUGGAGAGAUUAUGGUAUACCACAAAAAGCAGCCUACAAAAUAAAUGACUUAUUUCCCGGUGGACCAAGAACUGUUGAUGUUGCUUUGACAAAUUUUAGAAGUGGUGUUAUGGUUUUAAUACAAAGAAAUAAAGUUUAUCGUUAUAGAUAUAAUAAAAAAUCAAAAAGAUUUUAUUUAGGAAAUAAAUCACCUCAACAAUUAACAGAAAAGAUAACAUUUUUACCAAAAAUUGGUUUACAAUGGAUUGAUGGAAAUAUUGUUCUUUUUGAUCAUGGUAAAUUUGCUACUUAUGAUCCUUACUGGAAUCUUUCUACAUUCUCAGCUGAUAGUGAACCAUAUUUUCCUGGAAUGCCAAAAGAUAUUAUUGGUAUGGUAUAUAAAAAUCCAUCAACAUUACUUUUAUAUACUAAAAGUAAUCGUUUAGCAAUUUAUGAUACAACUGUCUAUAAAGUUGUUGAGGAAUUUCCAAUAAAAGUUGAAGAAUAUGUUGCUUGCCUUACAAAAUCAAUUUAA